GCCCAACGUGAGCAACGCCGCCGUGUUAGCGAUCCGGGGGAUCGAUUCGGGCCAAUUUUCCCGUAGACAUCAGGGGAAUAGCAGGAGGAUCACGAGCCGGAGGAGGAGGUGGUAAGCCGGCAUAAAGAUGCCGCCCAAGCGACCGCCGCCGCUCGUGCCGAAGAAGCCAAACCCCAGCAUGAACUACGAGGUGUUGAUCUACCUCAAUUCGUUCUACUUCGGCAUGUUCGCCUGCUGCGAGAUGGCCAUGGGCCUCCUGAAGGCCAUCAAUCUCAGCUAUACGGGACACACUCUGGCACUGGACACGGGAGUGAUGAUUAGUUUCAUUGUCUUCGAAACCAUUCGCCUGAUAAUGGGUCGUGCGAGUACGCUGGCCGAUCGAGGUUGGUCAGCCAUACUGUCGGUCUUUAUGACCGCCCCCUGUUUCGUGGGCGUCUCCUAUCUGCUCCUGCUGCAGACCUACCGACUGCGCCUGGAGUACUGCCUGUGCACGCUGCAGAUUGCCCUUUACUUCACCGAGGUGUGGUAUGCCAUCGUCUUCGUUUUCUCGCUGUGUCGUCCAGUAACUUAUGAUUAGCCACAUAGACAGCAACAUCAGCCAACCAGCAACAAAUAUAUACAUGCGAAAGUUUAGCAAUAUACAAAGAUCGGAAGUGAAUAAGAUGAAGUCUAAUGAAAAUUGUAAUGAAAAUGAUAAUGAAUUGUAGUAGGCAGCUGAAUUGCUCAUGGCCGAGGAGGAAACUAAACAGAAACAGAAAAAAAAAAAAAAAAAACAUAUGUAGCAUAUUAAAUACUUAUGUAUAGAAAGGUUUAUGAUAACAUACACACACUCUUAUAUACAUAUAUUUAACGGUUUUAUAUACAAAAAUUGUUAACAUUUAAGCAUCAAUUGGAACCAAUAUAAGACAACAAAGCAAACAAAACUUAAACUUGAAUAAUUUUCACAUUUUUAAGAUGACAAUUUUUUUGUAAAAAAAUAUCGAAAAAAAAACACCCAAAACAAAUUUAAUGUGUGUGAAAAUAAUUUAUAAUAGUUCACAAAUAGCUCGAAUCUUAAAAAGAAUUGUAAAAAACAAAACAAGUAGAAUAUCUCAGAAAAUCUAGUCAAAACCAGAAUCAUGUGAAUGGUGCUUAAGAUCGCCAAAAGAAAAGGUCAGCAAAAUAAUUCAUUACCACUAAGCGAAGCAGUUAGUAGUUCAUACCAAUAUUCAAAAAAGAGGAGGAGAACAUACACAAGAUGAAGCCCAGCAAAAGUCUAGACCAUGUGUGUACUUUAAUGAAAAAUACUUUAUAUAAAACUAGCAAAUAGCAUAAAUAACAUGUUCAAGACGGUACUAAAAACAAAACCAAAAACACAGAAGAAGAAACGUUUUACAAGAAAGUGAACAACAAAUUAGCUAAAUCAUAUUCAACAUUUUUAGAGUGUUAAAUACUAGGCAAAAACCCUCCAUUAUAGUGCCGCAAAAUUCUUCUCACUAAGUCUGCCUAUUGGCAACAGAAACCCCCGAUAAAUCACGCUCAAUUAUCCCCGCCUGAAAGGUACCAAGGUUCGGAGAUUGGAGCAGCAAAUGCAGCUCCUCUAUAAUGCUAGUCACUAAUGUUUUUGUGGUUUCAUAGAAAAAUAGCGCACAAACCGGAACGCAAAACUCUCAGACAGUCCACAAAUCUCAUGCUUUUAAAAACGACAAUUUUAAUUAAUAAAUAUACCGCUGAAAGCUGGAACAAAACUAAAACCAAAACCAAAAACCACAUCCUAUGUUGAAUAAUUUACCUGUAUAAUAUUUAUGUAAUUUCGUUAAACGCAAAAUGUUAACAUACUUUUAAAGCGCGUGUAAAACGGAUAGUUAAUAAACAAAGAAAACAAAAAACAAAAA